UUUUAUGGCUGAGUCAGUUGUUAAACUUCAGAGGAUUUUGUUUCCACCUCAUACAUUGUUUUCCGCUUUCAUGACGAUCAAAAUCUCACAGGUUAGUUUUCAUACAUUUUCUCUGUGUUUUUCUCUGAUGUCUUUUAGUACCGGAUUGGCCAGCUGUACAUGAUCAGUAAACACAGUCAUGAACAGAGUGAACGUGGGGAAGGCGUGGAAGUGGUGCAGAAUGAGCCAUACGAGGAUCCGGACCAUGGGUCAGGCCAGUUCACUGAGAAACGAAUCUACCUCAACAACAAACUGCCCAGUUGGGCCAGAGCAGUGGUCCCUAAAAUCUUCUAUGUCACAGAGAAGGCUUGGAACUACUACCCAUACACAAUCACAGGUAAUGCUCGACAUUGGUCCAUUCUCUCUACAAGUGUGAACAAUCAAUGCUCCUUCCUGCCCAAGUUCUCAAUCCACAUUGAGUCUAAAUAUGAGGACAACAAAGGGAGCAAUGAUAAGAUCUUCGGCAGCGAACCCAGAGAAGAAGAGACAGAGGUGUGUUUUGUUGACAUCGCUUACGACGAUAUCCCCGAGCGCCAUUACAAGGAGUCUGAGGACCUUCGGCAUUUCAAGUCGAAGAAGACUAACAGAGGGAUUCUUCAGGAGGGAUGGAUUGACUCCCAUGACCCCAUCAUGUGCUCAUACAAACUGGUCACAGUGAAGUUUGAAGUCUGGGGCCUGCAAACACGUGUGGAACAGUUUGUGCACAAGGUUAUUCGCGAUGUCCUGCUUCUAGGACACAGGCAAGCCUUUGCCUGGGUGGAUGAAUGGAUUGACAUGACCAUGGAGGAGGUUAGGGAAUACGAGCGCACCUCGCAGGAAGCCACAAACCUGAAGAUCGGCACCUUCCCCCCCGCCAUCUCCAUCUCAGAAACCCCCCUGCCGUCCAGCACCCGCAGCGGGCCUAACAGCGCCCCCUCCACUCCUCUGUCUACCGAAGCUCCAGACUUCCUGGCCGUGCCCAAAGAUCGGCCCAGGAAGAAGUCUGCUCCGGAGACCCUGACCCUGCCAGAUCCGGGCCGCAGGGAUUCCAUAUUCAAGCUUCCCAGCUUUUUCUCCUGGAACUCCAGUCCGCAGCCAGAAUGAGAACCACUUCAGUCUCUGGUAAACACCCUCCACCCGUAAAUCCGUCAUCAGCGACCCCCUCAGCCAGCUGAAGUGACGCAGAGUUCUCAUACUCCAGGACCCUCCCUGACCUCCAGGAGAGGCGCCAAGUUACAGCAAAGCCAACAGCCCUCAGAGGUCUUUGCAGGGACAAACAGGGAACCUCAUACCCACAGGAAAAAAAUCCUCUUAAGAGUCGGGGAAAAAACAGCUGCGGGAUCCUCAUUUCUUGUCCUAAUUUUAAAAAAUGAACCAGCCGACAUUGUGCACCAGUCAGUAUUAAGACCAAUUAGCCCAACUGAGUGUAGCAUACAUUCCUGAAAAUGUUUUACCCCUCAGAGCAUCACCCCGUUUUCACCCAAGCUCAGGGUGUCUUGAGGAGUUAUGAAGAGAUUCAGUCACUGUACAGAAUUAGCUUUUUGCUUCUUUACCUUUCAAUAUCAGACUCUCUGGCUUUGGUAACGGGAGCUCAAAGUUUGAUGUUUGUAUUGAUGUGGUUGAGAGUUUUUGACAGAUUUAGUUGGCCACUGUAUCGGUUGAAUAUUGCAGGUUUUAACAGUCAGCUGUACAGUGAUGGAUUUUUCCUGUAAAUACUGAUACAUGAUGUAACUGAUCAAAUGUCAGUGUUUUUAAAGGUAUGUCAUGUGUCCGGUGAUGACGCUGCUAUUAAAGUUAUGUUGUGCGCUUUAACAGACUGUUUCUUCUAUGUUUGCUUCUUGUGAGUUCUGUUUUUCCCCACUGGAACCACUUUGAAAUAUUUGUCAGUUUAAUGUUUUCGUCUUAUUUGAUGAGUUUUUACAGAGUGGUCUUGUGGUGUUUUGCUGCUAUAUUAAUUUAGGUUGUGUUUAUUCUCAGUCAAACUACUGAUUACUGAUCUUGUUCAGUAAAUAAAAGUCUAUCAAAUACCAGUGCAACCCCAUAAGUGUGACUAGUCUUUGUCAAUGCAUAUUUUUUGGAGUAAAACAUACAUUAAAGCUAGUGGGUCUGUAGCCUAGAACAAAAUUCAGAAAUGAUUCAGCGCUGCAAAGGAUGAUUUUGUCACGUGUAAAAUAUAAAUUGUAUAGAGCUAAAUGCAGAAGAGGUUCAUGUCAUCCAUUUUUUUGUCUUUGUUUAUACUAAUCUUGAAUAUAAGCACUUAUUGCAUUAGAUCCUCAUGUAAUUUUACAAUCUGUGG